UCUCCCUUUGCACUCUCUCUCUCUCUCUCUCUCUGGGUAGUAGUCAUACUACAGCUCCCAAGAAAACCUCGCGAAAAUGGAAAUCAAUAAAAUCGUGUCUUUCUGUCUCUCUCUUCUUUUUGUAUGAAACUCAACCAGCAAACGAGUAUAAAAUUAUAUUUGAGACGAAGUAAACAGAAAAGAGAAUUCACCCUAAAACCCACUUAAUAAAUCUCUCUCUCUCUCUCUGGGAUUCUAUUCUUCUCUUGACUACUGUUGUAAUCGGUACGUUUUCCCAUCUUUGCUUCUCCUUUCUACCAACGAAUCAUGUCGAGGCUAGGGUUAGGGUUUAUGAUUCUGCUGGUGCCGGUACUUAUCGGAUUUUAUCUUCGAAACUACUCUAGUAUUGAUCUGACUGGGUUUUUCACUCUUCGCUUUUCGCUUUUGAUGAUUUCUAUGGGGUUUUUUGGCAUUUUGGGCAGUUUAGUUCACUUUAUGCUUCCUCGGAAGCGAGGAGUUAACAAAGCAUUUCUCGUAGAAGAUAACAACAGCAACAACAACAUCGCAUCUGCCUCGUCCAUCAAGAAGCACCGGAUUGAAAGUUGCAUCUCCUCUUCUGCCACCGGAUCAACGUCUAAUAACUGUCUAGUCGUCGAUAACAGCUACCCCAGCAACGGAAACAGCAAAAACAGUACCCAUAGCAGCAGCGUAGUUGAUACGCAGUCGAUCAUGGCUUUAGGGGACUCGAAUCAUCACGAUAUAGAUGAGGAUCUGCACAGCCGACAGCUCGCCGUGUACGGUCGCGAGACUAUGAGGCGGCUUUUCGCGUCCAAUAUUCUUAUCUCGGGGAUGCAGGGUCUUGGCGCUGAGAUUGCAAAGAACCUUGUUCUUGCCGGUGUCAAGUCUGUGACCUUGCAUGAUGAAGGUGUGGUGGAGUUGUGGGAUCUGUCUAGUAAUUUUGUUUUCUCGGAGGACGAUGUUGGUAAAAAUAGGGCACUUGCAUCUGUUCAGAAGUUACAAGAGCUUAACAAUGCUGUCGUCAUCUCUACUCUGACAACAAAAUUGACCAAAGAACAGCUUUCUGGUUUCCAGGCUGUUGUAUUUACUGAAAUCAAUUUUGAUAAAGCCAUUGAGUUUAAUGACUACUGCCACAGUCACCAACCUCCCAUUGCCUUCAUUAAGGCUGAAGUUAGAGGCCUUUUUGGAUCUGUUUUUUGUGACUUCGGACCUGAGUUUACAGUUUUUGAUGUUGAUGGAGAGGAACCACACACAGGCAUAAUUGCUUCCAUAAGCAAUGACAAUCCAGCACUGAUAUCAUGUGUUGAUGAUGAAAGGCUUGAGUUUCAGGAUGGGGAUCUUGUAGUGUUCUCUGAAGUUCAUGGAAUGACAGAGCUUAAUGAUGGAAAGCCGAGGAAGGUUAAAACUGCAAGGCCGUUUUCCUUCACUCUUGAGGAGGAUACCACAAAUUUUGGUACCUAUAUGAAGGGUGGUAUUGUCACGCAAGUGAAGCAGCCCAAAGUGUUGAAUUUUAAGCCAUUCAGAGAAGCAAUCAAAGAACCAGGUGAUUUCCUUUUGAGUGAUUUCUCAAAGUUUGAUCGCCCACCUCUCCUGCACCUAGCAUUCCAAGCACUGGAUGAAUUUCUGUCUGAAUUGGGUCGCUUCCCAGUUGCUGGUUCAGAAGAGGAUGCAAACAAACUUAUAAUUAUUGCCACUAAAAUUAAUGAGAGCUUGGGUGAUGGGGGGGUAGAAGAUGUUAAUCCUAAAAUUCUGCGCCACUUUGCUUUUGGAGCCAGGGCUGUACUGAACCCCAUGGCUGCUAUGUUUGGUGGUAUCGUGGGUCAAGAGGUUGUCAAAGCAUGCUCGGGGAAAUUCCAUCCUCUUUUCCAGUUCUUUUAUUUCGAUUCAGUGGAGUCACUUCCUACAGAGCCAGUGGAUGCCAGUGAUUUUAGACCAUUAAACAGCCGCUAUGAUGCACAAAUUUCUGUGUUUGGCUCUAAGCUACAGAAGAAGCUGGAAGAUGCUAAAGUAUUCAUGGUAGGAUCUGGUGCACUUGGCUGUGAGUUCUUAAAGAAUAUUGCUUUGAUGGGAGUUUCAUGUCGCAACCAAGGAAAGCUAAUUAUCACCGAUGAUGAUGUAAUUGAGAAGAGUAAUCUUAGUAGGCAGUUUCUCUUUCGUGAUUGGAAUAUAGGGCAGGCAAAAUCCACAGUUGCUGCUUCCGCCGCUUCAUCUAUUAAUCCUCGUCUUCAUGUCGAGGCUUUGCAGAAUCGUGUGGGACCUGAAACUGAGAAUAUAUUUGACGAUACAUUCUGGGAGAAUUUAACAGUUAUAAUUAAUGCAUUAGAUAAUGUCAAUGCCAGGCUAUAUGUUGAUCAGAGAUGCUUAUAUUUCCAGAAGCCACUUCUUGAGUCGGGAACCCUUGGUGCUAAAUGCAACACGCAGAUGGUCAUUCCACACCUGACAGAAAACUAUGGGGCCUCAAGGGAUCCACCUGAGAAACAAGCCCCUAUGUGCACGGUGCAUUCAUUCCCGCACAAUAUUGACCACUGCUUGACCUGGGCUCGAUCAGAAUUUGAGGGUUUGCUUGAGAAAACUCCUGCUGAAGUUAAUGCCUAUCUUUCUAAUCCAGUUGAAUACACAACUGCAAUGGCCAAUGCUGGUGAUGCUCAAGCUAGGGAUAACUUGGAACGCAUUCUUGAGUGUCUUGACAAAGACAAAUGUGAUACAUUCCAGGAUUGUAUGACGUGGGCUAGAUUGAGGUUCGAAGAUUAUUUUGUUAACCGUGUGAAGCAGUUGAUUUUUACAUUUCCUGAAGAUGCUGCAACCAGUACAGGGGCUCCAUUCUGGUCAGCCCCAAAGCGAUUCCCUCAUCCACUUCAGUUCUCAGCUGCUGAUACCAGUCACCUCAAUUUUGUUAUGGCAGCAUCUAUCCUACGGGCAGAGACAUUUGGAAUCCCUGUUCCUGAUUGGGUUAAGCACCCCAAGAGAUUAGUUGAGGCAGUUGAAAAGGUGAUGGUUCCAGAAUUUCAGCCAAAGAAAGGUGUGAAAAUUGUUACUGAUGAGAAGGAUACUAGUCUGACUACUGCAUCGGUGGAUGAUGCAGCAGUUAUCAAUGAAUUAAUCAGGAACUUAGAGCAAUAUAGGCAGAACCUGUCUCCAGAUUUCAGAAUGAAACCCAUUCAGUUUGAAAAGGAUGAUGAUACCAACUACCAUAUGGAUAUGAUAGCUGGUCUUGCCAACAUGAGGGCAAGGAACUAUAGCAUUCCUGAGGUCGAUAAGCUGAAAGCCAAGUUCAUUGCUGGAAGAAUUAUCCCUGCCAUUGCCACUUCAACAGCUAUGGCCACAGGUCUUGUGUGUCUGGAACUGUACAAGGUUUUGGAUGGAGGACACAAACUGGAGGACUAUCGCAACACUUUUGCUAACUUGGCGCUCCCUCUCUUCUCCAUGGCUGAGCCAGUUCCACCAAAGGUGAUCAAGCAUCAAGACAUGAGGUGGACAGUAUGGGACAGAUGGAUCCUGAAAAAUAAUCCCACUCUAAGGGAGCUACUCAGGUGGCUUGAGGACAAGGGAUUGAAUGCCUACAGCAUAUCCUGUGGAAGUUGCCUUCUGUAUAAUAGCAUGUUUCCUCGUCACAGAGAGCGAAUGGACAAGAAGUUGGUUGAUUUAGCUCGGGAAGUGGCCAAGGUAGAUCUGCCUCCAUAUCGUCGCCAUCUGGAUGUUGUAGUUGCGUGUGAGGAUGAGGAGGACAACGACGUAGACAUUCCUCAGAUAUCCAUUUACUUCCGUUGAGGUUUUUUCUCAAAUCUGUUGUAUCCAGUCAGGCUGUGACCCUAGUUCAGAACUCUUUUCAUCAACAAUAGCCUUUACAUCUGGUGGUUACCAAACACUAGAGAAAAUUGUAUUUUCAUCCGCAAAAGUUUCACUUCACUUAUAUGAUUUAAAAGCUGAUUGUAUUUACCCAGUGUUACCAACCUUUGUUUAGCUUAUUCACUCUUUGAUUGCGCUCUUA